AUGAAAAGCUUGACUACCGUUGCAUUCCUUCUCCUCGUUUCAGGAUCCAUUGCCCAAAGCACCACCACUGCAGUUCCAACUAACUGUGUCAAUGACAAGACAGAUACCUUCUGUAACACCGGAGGUCUCUCAGGAUACUGUUGCGCCCAGAUCGUCACAUCAGUUAAGGCCACCGCUGCUGGUACUCCAGUCAAUACCACUUAUUUCCAAUGCAUCCCAGCAGAGCUUGGAAAAUUCGCCUCAACUGUUACCCUCAGCGCCCUUCAAACCUCAACAUACUAAUGCGUUAGCACCAGUGUUGCUGACCCAGCUACAUGCUCAUCAAAUGACGAUUGUGACGCUGGAACAUGCUGCGCUUCAAGAAAUGCUUCAUACGCCAUCUCAACUGGUACCAACUUCGCUGUCACUGGAACUGCAAAGGUUUGCACUACCCAAAAUUCUAACGCUACUCUUGCCACUCAAUCAUACACAUGGACCUUCAGAAACACUACUGGUGCAGGUAACUACCCAACUUCAACCCUCAUCAAACAAUGCGCUGCUCAGAACAUGAAGACCAGUGGAGUUUUCCUAAGAGUUUCAGCUGUCAUCCUCGCUCUUAUUGCAGUUGCAUUCUAUUGA